AUGUUGUCCUUAACCGGGUACAAGCAGUCGGCGCGCAUGCUACUACGCUGUUCCUUGUACUUCGCUGCUCCAUCUUCUCAAUCCUGUGGUCGAAGCGUAGUGUUGCCAUGGAUCUUCCAUCCAUACCACACAUGGCAUUGGGUGUCUGAGAAUGUCAACAUUGUUCUGCACGUGGCAUAUUAUUCAAGCCGGUCGCUGUUGGGCGCGGGCUCCUGCAGACUCGUCGCGCGGCUGGUUCCCGGGAAGCAUGCAUGCGAUGAUCUCUCGAGGCAGAUGUCCCCGAUAUUGGCGAUGAGGUGCAAAUAUCCGAGUGCGCUGAUUGUCUUGACUGUAUUUCCGCAGCUUUGCACUGCCGUAACGGACAUGAUAUUCAAUUCGGCAUAUGCAGCCAUAUUGCCACGAUCCGUGUCACGACCGUUCUUCCACUUCCAGCCGCCUGCCGUCCCAGGCCAAGGUUGCCAUGCUGAGGGAAGAUCCUGUAUGGCCUCCAUAUUCUUGCUCUUGCGAAUGGGCUGGACUGGGCGGCAAAUGAAUGUGCAGCGUCAAUUCCCAGAGAUGAGCAUAGUCAGGAUCAUAAGUAGCUCGCUCUCAGCCGAGCAUGUGAAGACCACCAAGACUGUAUCCUGCAACAUAAGAGCGAUUCAGCUAAGUUACCUCUACACUCCGAAGAGCCUCAAAAUAUAA